AUAUGGUGGUCACAGGUAUGACCAAUUGCUCACUAACGACCUCUACGUCUACAAGAUCUUGGAGAGCCAGUGGGCAAGAUGCCCACAGCAAGGAGCGAACAUUCCCGCCGAGGCAAUGUACACCACCAUGGUUUUGUGGGAGGCUGAGUACAAGCUGCUCGUGUAUGGCGGACUGACUCAAAGCUUUGCGUGGUCAAGAGAUGUGUUCAUUUACACUGUCAACAGCGACACCAUCACGAAUGGUGAAAUUGAUGGCGAAUGGUCAGUAGUUCCAGCCGGAAGCACAAAUCCAGGCGGGCGAAUGGGGCACGUCGCCGUCUUCAACGAGGCCACCUCCACCAUGUUUGUCUUCGGAGGACAGGGCUCCGACUUCCUGUUCAGGAACGACUUGUGGAGCUACGACGCCGUGUCCCAGACCUGGACGCGAAGAUCUCCGGGCGGUACCAUCCCAGGGGCGCGUGGCUUCCAUGCGGCCGCCUGGGACGCGCUGGCGGAGAGGAUGUUCGUGCAUGGAGGUCAGUGGUUCGAUGCGGACAUGACUUUUUCGACGCGUGGCGACCUGUUCGUGUACGACACCAGGGCCGAUUACUGGUGGCAGGUCUCCGCCAACGUCAACGGGAUCGCAACCCCUUCGCUGUGGCAGCACGCCAUGGUCUUCCUUCCCAGAACGGAGAGCCUGCUGCUGUUCGGCGGGACGGAAGGCGCUGACAGCACCGUCGCGGUGAACAGCCUGUAUGGCUUCAGGACCAGGGGCUCCCUGUGGGAGAACCUCUCUUGGACUGGUUCUGCGCCGCCAGGCAAGUCUCCCGUCGCGGCAUGGUACGACGGUUCUACCAACACUUCAGGAGCGAUGGAGUGGGACCGCCACGAGGCCCUGAUGCUCUUCGUAAACGAUGAGCACCUGCAGAUGUGGUUCAAGCCGCCGACGACGACAUCCAGUGCCACAUCGUCCAGCACUACGAUGACCAGCACCACUACCAUGUCAAUGGCCACUGGGACCACCUCAUUUGCGACCAGCACAGCGACCAGAGUAAGCACCUCCCAGACCAGCACAAUUUCUGAAAUCGUUAUUGAAACUGAUACCAGCAGCGCAUCCUCUUGGACCAACACUAAGACUGGAACCACUACGUCCAGUACCAGAACGUCCAGCACAACGGUGACUGGCACCGCGACCAUGUCCACUUCCAAAAGCACAAGCGCGACACAGACCGUCACCAAGAUCAGUACCACGACAGGGACCAGCACAACCGUUAGCUCCAGCGAUGCCACUGGGACCAGCACAGAGAGUGUAACCACUGCGUCAAGCACCAGAACACCCAGCACAACGGUGACUGGCACCGCGACCGUGUCCACCUCCAAAAGCACAAGUGCGACAAAGACCGUUACUAAGACCAGCACCAGCACUGGGACCAGCAUCACGACUAGCUCCAUCGCCUCUUCUGGGACCAACGCUGAGACUGGAACCACUCCGUCGAGUAUCGGAACGUCCAGCUCCGCGGUGGCAAGCACCGCUACCAUGUCUACCGCUAUCAAGAUCAGCUACAGUGCAACCGGCACUAGUGCUUCUGCCACUAGUUCGACCAGUUUUGGUGUGACCAGCGCAAGUACCACCCAGACGAGCACCACUGGCGUCACGAUGACCAACACGCAGGCGAGCAGCAGCACUCGCAGCAGCACGGGCGAGACCAUCAACAGCGCCACUGUUACCAGCACCGUGUGGAGCAGCACAAGUGCCAUCAGUACAACCAGCCGCUCGAGCGCUACAGACACAAGCAGGACCAGUAGCUUCGCUCUCAGCAGUGCCAGCGGCUCGAGCAGCACAACUGGCAGUAGCUCCAGUGGAACCAGCACGUCUCAAGUUGGCGCCGCAGCGUCCGAUACGAGCAGCAUCCAGAGCAGCACUCCGAGCCUUGAGGCUGCACAGGUGAGCGGGUCAAUCGAGUUUUGGUUCUCUGACCCAGACGCCGUUCGGAGCGGGGCGGAGGCGGAGAAGUUGCUGGUCUCGGUCGGCGUCACGAUCUCCCAGGUCGUGGGCAUGCCAGCGAGCUAUGUCUCCGUCUGGUUCGCGGAGGGAUCGCGGAGGCUCGGGGCCGCCACCCGUCGGCUCGCCGGGGGCAUCCUCGAGGUGAGGUACAGCAUAUACGUGCCCUCGGAUAUCGAUGCUGAGUCUCUCGGUAUUGACGACGCGGAGGCGUCCUUGAAUAGCGUGAGCGUCAGUUCUUUCACGUCCUUGCUGCAGAAGAACAUCGACUCGAACUUUGGGGAGGCCGUGUACUCGGUUUCCGUGCUGGCACUCGACGCGGUUGUGGUUGACGACGUUCAUACCGUCCCGGCAGAGCCAGACGAACGUCAGGGUUCUGCCUCGAGCGUGCUCAUCAUCAUCGUCAUUGGAGUAGGGUGUUGUCUCGGGAGCGUGUUCAUCAGCGUUAUGCUGUUUUCGCGCAGGCGUCGGCGUUGGGCGCUUCGUCUGGAACGCGAUCGGGCUCAGAGGCAGUGCCCCCCGUCCACAGGCGCGACAAGCGGCGAGCAGGGCCCACGGGAAGACGGCGAUAAGUUCGAGUUCUUCUUUGACAUGGACAACGCGGACGAGCACGUUGCCGAAUAUGAGACUCGUCAGGAGCUCACUUCGAGCCCGUCUGCAGGCGCUGGCCAGGCCCCGGGAGAGCUCAUCUUCGACAUGGACAGUCCGGACGUGUACCUCGGCGAGCAUGAGGAGGACCUGGCUCCAAGCUUGAGGAUGCAUGUCCCAAGGCUGCAUGGCGCAGCUGGCGGCGCCGAUCAGCCAGCACCAGAAGGAGGCGACAGGUUAGAGUCCAUUUUCGACGUGAACGACACGGACGUACCCCUUCCCGAGCAUCGCCAGGAUUCAAGAGGUCCGCCUGGAGAUGGUGACCGGCCACCCCCAGCAGAAGGCUGUAUAUCAGACUUCGUUUUUGAUAUGGACGACCUGGAGGAGAAACCCCUUGCGUAUCACCAGGGAACUGAUUUCGCGUCCGAGCAUAUCUAGCUUGAGAAUGCCUAGCUACCCAGCUCGCGCGGAGGCAGCCACCAUACUCCAGGAACGCUGGGCUUACACAUGGAUGGCGGUGUCAGCCAGUGAGACCCUGCGAUUCUAGAGAUCGCUGACACGUUUAUGACGAGUCCUUAGACAAGAACUGACUUUAGGCUUAAGCUUCGUCCAAAGCGCCGGAGUGAACUGCGCACUUGAAUUGCCAUCGUCCUCCCUCCCUUUUCCCUCUGCAUCCUCUUCCACUGGCCGAGUGGCCAGCGAUGUAAUCGUUGUGUGAGCUUCACAUGUGCUGCACAUGUUCCGAAAGGAGACGCCCUUUUCGAGAUAUACAGCUGCCUGCGGCAAGCCUUCGCAACCGAACAGCAACCAGCAGCGCAGUAGGAAUGCAUUUGAGGUUGAAUUCCCGCAGACGGCUGCAAAUGAUGCACAGGCGGCUCUGCAGAGCCGUACUGCGACAACCCCCACUUCGCUAGGCACGGAAAGGCCGCGCACGCGUGCACCUUGACCUUCUUGGGGCAGGUUUCGCCGCUACGCGGCCCAGAAUAUUCGCGACCCCUGCGGUGCCGUACUUCGUUUUCCUGGGUGGGGCGCCGCUGUCGUAAGGGAGCCACUCCACCUCGAAAUCCCCCUCGUUCCUUCUCCUUCGCCGGUCGUGGUAGCUCGCCGAGCGCGUUCCACUACUCGCAAAGUGCCUACUCGCAAACGUCCAAAUCCCCCGCGGGGGAUCCAGACCAUUUGCGAGCAGUUCUUUUGCGAGUAGUGGAACGCGCUCGUCCAGUAGCGCGAUGCCUGGAGCCGAGACGCCAGGAACCGCACCAGUCCUUCGGACACGUUCCUGGCGGCCCGAGGCCGCGCAGCCGCGGCGAGCACCUCCCGCGGCCACUCGCCUGCGCCAAAGCCACGUGCUACAGCCACACGUCGGCUGCCCCGGAGGCCUGCGCCAUUCCGCUGGCCCCGGCCGAGGACUCGUGUCAGGACGGAAAAAAAACACACAGACACAAUUAAUC